GGACUUUCACCGCCUCUCAGACUCAGUGGUACGACCAUGUGUAGAAGCCUAUGCUCUGCCUCUGCCGCAAGAAAAUGACUCAUCUGGUGCGCACAUCGAACAAGCUGUUGUUUCAAGUACGAUUGCCAGAGAGCAGGGGGUGCAUCGGGCCUACACUCAUCCCGGCUCUCCUCCGCUUUCGAGACACAACAUCGGGAUUUUGUGCUUGGACAACGGCCCCACUUGUGUCACGCUAU